UUCGGGAAGGACGAAGAAACUCAGUCACUGGCCAGAUCGACAAGGAAGGUGAGAGUGAAAUGAGUAGGAGAGUGUGCUAUCGGUACAGUUCAGUAUCGUUCUUCCGAGUGUCAUUACCGAUUCUCACGACGGUCAUUCGGUGGCAAUCGUCUAGUCAGUGAGUUAGAUAGAUCCUGCGAAAAAUUUUCCUUCAAUCAACAGUGUUCGUACAAGGUUUUGGAAGACAGCAUUUCCUUACUAACUUCCGGAUGUUUUGCCUGGUCGAGAGAGACUGAAGAAUUUAUCGAAUCUGAUGGGAAAUGUUCUUGGGAAUAAAGGAUCGACGAAGAAAUAAAAGGAAGACGAAACAACCCAUGAAUCAAUUGUCGGCGCCAUCGAGGGCACAAUGAAGAGAAUAAGCUCCGACGUGUCAUUCACAGUAGUUCGGAUCGAAAGAAUCGGCACCCGUCCGCCGGACAUCCGCUCGCGGUGAAACAUCAUCAGCGUGAUGUCAUACGAACCACUCAAAGCACUCGGAGAUUCAAAAUUUCAUUUAACCAAGUUCGUGAGAUUUCAAUUCGAGAAGAAUGGUGUUCAGUACGAUCGUGGUAACGUCAGCAUUGAAGGGCGCUCUGGGUUUGAUGGGCACCAGUUUAUGGUUGAUCCCUUUACUCAUAGCAGGCCUGUCCUACUAUCGUUACGAUCAACUAGAUCCUGAAAGUCGACCCAUCGAUCGUUACCCUCUGUACCCAGAGUACGACUUCGUCGUAGUGGGUGGUGGGUCAGCUGGAGCAGUGGUAGCCAGCAGACUAUCAGAAAUAACAAACUGGAAUGUUCUAUUGCUCGAAGCUGGCCCUGACGAGAACGAGAUAACAGACGUGCCAUCGUUGGCAGCUUAUCUGCAACUGACGAAGCUGGACUGGAAGUACAAGACCGAACCAACAGGAAGAGCCUGCCUGGCAAUGAACCGAGGCCGUUGCAAUUGGCCUCGGGGAAAAGUUCUAGGAGGCUCCAGUGUCCUUAAUUACAUGCUCUACGUUCGAGGCAACAGGCGAGAUUACGAUUACUGGGAGUCUCUGGGUAACCCUGGCUGGGGCUACGAUCAGGCGCUCUAUUACUUCAAGAAGUCCGAGGAUAACCGGAAUCCUUAUCUCCAGAAGAGUCCUUACCACUCCACAGGUGGUUACUUAACCGUUCAAGAGUCCCCGUGGAGGACACCGUUGGUGGUGGCGUUCGUUCAGGCUGGCACAGAAAUGGGUUACGAGAACAGGGACAUAAAUGGAGAACGACAAACGGGAUUCAUGAUAGCUCAGGGUACGAUUCGUAGAGGUAGCAGGUGUUCCACGGCGAAGGCGUUCCUUCGUCCAGUUCGAUUGCGCAGAAACAUCCACACGGCUAUGAACUCUCAUGUCACCAAAGUUCUGAUAGAUCCAAUAACCAUGAGAGCCACUGGGGUGGAAUUUGUGAGAGACGGUCGUAGGCAGAUCGUCCGGGCGCGAAAGGAGGUGAUUCUAUCAGCUGGGGCUAUCAACAGUCCCCAGAUCCUGAUGCUUUCCGGGAUAGGACCUCAGGAACACCUACGCCAUAUCGGGAUACCUGUGAUCAAGGACCUCCGAGUGGGUGAUAAUCUUCAGGAUCACGUUGGCAUGGGUGGACUCACGUUUCUUAUCGAUAAACCAGUGGCUAUUGUUCAAGAUCGCUUCCAGGCUGCUCCAGUGACCAUGCACUACGUGGCCAAUGGAAGAGGACCCAUGACUACGCUGGGUGGUGUCGAAGGGUAUGCGUUCGUGAAUACAAAAUAUGCUAAUCUCUCUGUCGAUUAUCCAGAUAUUCAACUGCACAUGGCACCAGCCUCCAUAAACUCGGAUAAUGGUAUCCAGGUGAAGAAGGUCUUGGGUAUUACUGAUGAGGUUUACAACACGGUGUACAGACCCAUUGCGAAUAAGGACGCCUGGACCAUCAUGCCUCUUCUGCUCAGGCCUAGAUCACGUGGCACGGUUAGACUGCGUAGUUCUAAUCCAUUUCAUAGUCCACUGAUCGAUGCUAAUUACUUUUCUGACCCCUUCGACAUCGCCACUUUGGUCGAGGGUGCUAAAAUCGCGAUAAGGGUCAGCGAGGCUAAGGUCUUCAAGCAGUUUGGAUCCAGAAUCCAUCGUAUCAAGCUGCCGAAUUGUAAACACUUGAAGUUUGCUUCGGAUGCUUACUGGGAAUGUCAUAUUCGUCAUAUCACCAUGACGAUUUACCAUCCAGUUGGAACGACCAAAAUGGGACCUUCAAGUGAUCCAAAUGCUGUUGUGGAUUCUAGAUUGAGGGUUCACGGAGUAAAAGGGCUGAGGGUGAUAGAUGCGUCCAUCAUGCCCACGAUAUGCAGCGGAAAUACGAAUGCACCAGUCAUCAUGAUCGGUGAAAAAGGAGCUGAUCUGAUUAAAAAUGACUGGUUGACGAUCGAGACAAGCAGAAGCUGACAUAUUUUAUACUUUAGUCAGGUCUUUAUAUGUAAGGACAUCUGUUUAAAUUUGUUAAGUUGAUGUUAAUAUCCUAUCUAUCAUUAGUAACUUUAAGUGACAUGCAGCAUAAUUUUGCUGCUCUUAUUUCAUAAGGCAGGGGAUUAAUUUGUUUAAAAAUUCGAUGACUGUUAUAAGUUGUUUAUAUUUUGUUGAUAGUUUAGAUGUGUAAUGUGAGGCAAAUGUGUGCUGAUAGAAGCACUCGUUGUAAUAUGUUGAAUGUAUAUCUAUGUAAAUUGUGUACAUAAAAAUUUUGUUGAUUUAAUUCCACUGUGAUUGUUGAUUUAAAGAAUAUUAAUUGUUAAAUGAUUUAUUA